ACUUUUAUUCAUGGCUAUCGGAUGAAGAAAGAAAAACAAAGACUCAUUUUGUGGUAGAUUCAUCUGGGCAGAAACAGAAACAUAAAAAUUACACCAGGACGCUGUUUUGCUGUAAUAGAAGUGGGACAUACAAAGCAAAAGGCAAAGGUGAAAGACAGCUAAAAGCACAAGGGACUUCCAAAACAGGUUUCUCUUGCACAGCUACUGUCAUACUAAAAGAUUUUGGCAAUCGUUUUGAAGCUGUAUAUUUUAAAGAACAUUACAAGCAUGAAAAAUCCCUUUGUCAUCUCCCUAUUCCUAAACAAGAAAAGCAAAGUAUAGCAGGUAAAUUAUUGCAGGGGGUGGAAGAGAAACGAAUUUUGCAAGAUGCAAGAUUCUCUUCGAGAGAUGAUAUUGAAACAAAACAGUUAAUAACGAGAAAAGACCUGCAUAACAUUAAGAGGGAUUUUGGUCUGAGCAUUAAUUCUAAAGGAUUAAUUUUAACAGAUGAUGAGACAAGUGUUUGGUCCUGGGUUAAUACGAUGUCGCAAAUGGAAUUCAACCCCGUUCUGAUGUAUAAACGUCAAGGAGAAAAAUAUGCAAAUGUAAACGAAAAUGAUUUCAUGUUAGCAAUAAUGACAGAAUUUCAAAAAAAAAAAAAAAUGUUGAUAGAAUUUGGUAAUGAUAGAAUCUGUAUUGAUUCUACACAUGGAAUUUCUGCUUAUGGAUUUGAACUUGUAACAUUGCUUGUCGUUGAUAAGUAUGAAGAGGGCAUACCAGUUGCUUUCUUAAUAUCAUCAACAGUAUCAGAAAAAAUUUUGGUAAACUUUUUUAACUGCAUCAAAAAGAUCAUUGAUAUCAAGCCAAAGGUUUUCAUGAGCGAUGAUGCUCCCAUGUUCUAUAAUGCAUGGGAGCAUACAUUUGGUUCUUGCCAAAAAUUAUUAUGUGCUUGGCAUGUGGACAGAGCAUGGAAAGGUCAUUUGAAUUCUGUGCCAAAACAUAAAAGACAAGCAGUGUACAAAACUUUAAAAACUUUAAUGUAUGAAUUAGAUGAAGAAAUGUUCAACAAAAUGUUAGAAACAUUUUCUGAGCAACUAUGUGAAGAUGAAGACACGCGAGAAUUCCAUAAAUAUUUUAUGACAUACUAUUUUGAAAGAGCCAAAAUGUGGGCAUACUGUUUCAGAAAAGGGGCUAAAAUCAACACCAAUAUGUAUGUUGAAACAUUUCAUCGGAAAUUAAAAUAUAUUUAUUUAGAUGGGAAGAAAACCAAACGGGUUGAUAAAUGUAUCAUCGAGUUAAUUAAUCUUGUCAAUGAUCAAAAGUUUGACACUUACAUAAAAUAUCAGAAAGGAAAAAUAACAAAGAAGACAACAAAAACAUUUCAACGUCAUAAAGCUGCUGAGCUUUUAAAUGCUAACUGUGUAAAAAAAGAUGAUGUAUGGGAAGUUUCAUCAGAACUGGGAGAAAAUUCUUAUAAAAUUAUCAGAGAUCAUGUUUGUAAUGAUUUAUGCCUCAUAACUUGUAGACUUUGUUCAUGCUGUUUAAAAGCUUAUAAAUGUACAUGCCAUGAUUAUUCUAUUUUAAAUAAUAUGUGUAAACAUAUACAUUUUGUAAUCAUGUCUGAAAAAAAGACAGAACCUUAUAUAGGCCCUCUAAACAGAAUACCUACUAGGAAUAAUUAUGAAUCUUUAACAGUAAGUAAAACAUGCAUUAGUGAACUUAUUCAAUCUUCAUUUUCAAUUUCUGAAAAAUUAAACUGCAUUGAAAAUAUGGACAUUAAUCUUGCUACACAAAUAAAAAAGCAUUUAAAUGCAAUUGAACAUUUAUUAGAAGUUCCUUUGUUAGAUAAAGCACAUGCUUCAAUUUCAAAAGAACCAACAAAUAAAAAAAUUGUUCCCCAAAAGAGAUUUUAUUCAGUUAAAAAACGAAAAGUGUGUAAAAAAGUACAGUUUGGAAAUCCUUCAACAGCAGAAAAAAAAAAUAAUACCAAACCUAUUUUAUUAAAUCAAUUAAUUGUUAAUUCAGAUCCCAGCUAUGAUCAUUUGUAUUGCAGUGAAUUGAAUGCCAAAAGUUUAAAAGAAAAGUCACUAAAUAAUGUUUAAGAAAAUUAUGCUAUUUAAGUAUUUUUAAAAUUUGUGUAUUUAUAACAAAUUAUUUGAUUUUUAUGUAACUAAUCUGGAUGUCUCAUUUUAAUUUAAUUAUGUAUCUUAUUAUAAAUUUAAUAAAAUUGUUAUAACUGUUCUACUGUAUAUCUAAGCUAUGCAUUUAUCCUAUACUUAAUCUACGCAUACGUUAAAUCUAUUUAUAAAGUCAUGCUUUAUAAUAACUAUUCUACUGUAAAUGUGAAUUACACAUUUAUCAUAUACGUAAUCAUUGUCCAGUUAGGUGAUAGGAUUGCUGAUGUUUCUUUAAAUAAUGAGUCCAGAUAAGCAGGAUGGUAUGAACAAUUUAUUAGGAGAAUAGGCACAAUACUAUUACACACAGAACAAAAAUGGCUGAAAACAAAUCAAGGAGAAUAGGGAUAUUUAGCAAUUCACUUUUAGCUCAUGAAAUAAAUUCUAAAGUUUCCUAAAUCACUCUCUCAGGAUAAACACUAACUUGUAAUUCAGCUAACUGCAAAGUCUGGCACCUGAUUCACAAGCUCUCUUGUUCUCAGACCCAUAUUUAUACUCUGCAGGAUGUGUUAUGCAAGAUAAAUGCAAAGUUCGUUAUGACACGAAAACCUAUUUUCGAAGCCCUGUGACCAAUUCAUCCAGAAGUUUCUAGAGCCAUGCUGCAACAGGCAUCUCAAGAUAGAUAACGCAAAAUGCUUAUCUUUACUGUCAUUGA